GCUGAUAUAUAACGGUUGUGGCGCGAGGCUCGCGCGGACUUCAAUUUAAUUUACUGUCAGUCGCGGCCGGCUGAGAUGGUGAAGCAGACGCUUCUGAGCGUGGCGUUGGCCGACACCGCGCACUCCGAGAGCCCUGAUGACCCCGAGGAGCGGAGCGCAAGGGCUGUGCACUCCUGCGACGGGUGCCAUCCGCCCCUGGCCGAGAGCGUGCGUCGCAGGGUGGCAUCUGGAGACCUUUUUUUCUCGCUUGAGUUCUUUCCACCCAGGACCAGGGCCGGCGCGGCUAACCUGCUCUCAAGAUUCGACAGGGUAAAAGCUGGCGGUGCUCUUUUCUGCGCCAUAACGUGGCACCCUGCGGGUGACCCUGGCGGGCACUCGGAAACCUCCUCGCUCACCAUUGCUGGCUCUUCCUUUAAUUACUGCGGCCUCGAGACGAUGCUCCAUAUUGCCGCCACGAACCUGACAAAGCAAGACGUCCUGAGAUAUCUGAACAGGGCAAAGAGCAUGGGUGUCAGGGCCAUACUAGCGCUUAGAGGAGACAAACCUGAAGACUACAAGGUGCCUGAGGACGGAUUCGAGCAUGCGGUCGACUUGGUAAGAAUGAUCCGCGCCAAUUUCGGCUCUUAUUUCACCAUUGCCGUUGGGGGCUACCCUGAGGGCCACCCUGAAGCCAUCUCGUACCACCAGGACUUACUCUAUCUUAAAGAAAAGGUUGAAGCCGGUGCCGACUUGGUGCUGUCGCAGAUGUUUUUCCACGCUCAGCAAUUCAUCGACUUUCAGCGUGAUUGUCGAAAUGUCGGCAUUACUGUUCCCAUCAUACCCGGUGUAAUGCCGAUCCAGAGCUUUGCAUCAUUGCGGCAAAUGGUAAAACUGUCGGGGCUGCAAGUGCCCGAGUCUAUCCAGAAGGCGGUAGAGCCAAUAAAAGACAACGACGAGGCUGUCCAGAAUUUUGGCAUCCACUUCGCCCUGCAGCUGGUUCGAACCGUGUUGGACGCAAAAGCCGCACCUGGAGUUCACUUUUUUACUUUAAACAGAGAACACGUGGCUGUGGAAAUCGGGAAGCGGCUGGGCGUGUGGCAAACGAGGCCGGCGCGUCCACUGCCGUGGCGGCUGGGCGACAACCACCGACGCUGCCUGGAGCAAGUGCGGCCUAUUUUCUGGGCGUCGCGGCCAAGGGCCUACGUCCAUCGCACCCAGCACUGGGACGACUUCCCCAACGGUCGGUGGGGCAAGCACGACUCACCUGCCUUUGGCACCCUUGCCGACUACUACCUUUUCUACCUCAAUAGCCAGGUACCACCGGACCAGCUCAGGGCAAUGUGGCUUUCAGGACUGAACGACGAAAUUGACGUUUGGCACGUUUUUUACAGCUACGUCUCUCACACAGAAAACAAGCAAGGAGUCAAGGUGACUCGAUUGCCGUGGAACGACGGCGAACUGAAUGCGGAAUCCGCCCCUUUAUUGAAACAUCUUGCUCGCCUGAAUAGCAGAGGAAUACUGACGAUUAAUUCCCAGCCAAAUGUCAACGGGACAUCAAGUUCAGAUCCCGUCGUUGGCUGGGGAGCUCCAGAUGGCUACGUUUACCAAAAAGCGUACCUGGAAUUUUUCGCUCGUCCGGAGGUCAUCUUCGCCCUUUUAGAAGAGCUCAAGAACUACCCUCUAGUUAACUACCAUAUAGUGAACAAAACGGGCGAAAAGACAUAUACGAAUACUCUGAGGAAAGUGCCGAUCGCGGUAACCUGGGGUGUUUUUCCCGGUCGAGAGAUAAUCCAACCUACGGUUGUCGACCCUGUUAGCUUCAAUGUGUGGAAGGACGAGGCAUUCGCUCUGUGGUGCGAGCAGUGGGGCCGUCUGUACAACCCUGAGUCGCAGUCAAGGAAGGUGCUGGCCCGCAUUGAGAACAACUACUUCCUCGUAAACCUCGUGGACAACGAAUUUCCCCACCCUACCUGUCUCUGGACACUGCUUGAAAAAACGCUUGAAAGGGUCAAUGGACUAUAAACAUCAAUAGAGCCGCAACUGAUGCAUUUUUACAAAUUUUAGCUUUUCAUACAUAUUCAUUAAAUUUAAAAAACGUUUUUGUGUACGUAAUAAAAAUGAAUACUUGGGCUGUGUCGGUCGAGUUCAGCUGACUCGUCA